CCCCCCCCCCCCCCUUUUUUUUUCAACUGACCUGUGUUCUUUCUUCUCCUCUUACUCGUUACUGUUUUAAACCCUUUUAUUAUUAUUAUUCCCCACCAAAGAAUGGUUAUUAUUAACUUUUUUAUUCCCCUCUUCAUUUCAUCAUCCCGUACCACGACAAAUACCAAUGUUUUUUAUUACCCAAAAGUUUUCGUCGUACGGGACCCAGCAACAAUACAUUAUGUGGAAUCAAACCGAUUUUCGGUCUGAUGGAGUUUACUCGGUACACGGUCUGGGAAUUUUCUUCCCCUUAUUUUCGCUCAAUCUUCAAUUCGCUUCUGAUUCUUUUGAAAUGAUUACCCCCGUUAUCCUCACGCUGUUGAUGUCACUACUCUUUGAUUUUCAUUCUUAUUUUGGUUUUUCUUUUUACAUGUCCUUGCUCAUUUCUCAUCCUUUUUAUCGUAUGAGAAUUUGCAAACUGAACGUCCAUUUAUUUUUUUGAGUAACUUUUUUUUUAUUUGGAUAUGAUAGGUCAGGAUAGGCUAAGGAAAGAUUCCCCCUUUUGAAACAAUUUUUUCUUGUCUUUUUUUUAUAAAUUGAAUUUGAUUCAGAUCGAUUUGUUUUUUCUUAAUUCUCUUAUUUCUUUUUUCACGUCUUAGUGAUCACAUUUUGAUUGCCUGUCGGCAGUCAUGCGUAAUGGUCAUGACUGUACAUGAUUGGGAAAUGUCUUAUUCGAAAACCUUCUUGGCAAAUACCCCCUCCUCUCUUCUCUUCUUUUCUCCAUGUUCUGCUAUUGUGUCAUGGUCUUUUAAAUAGAGGCGGAGGAACAGGGGGAAAGGACUUAUACAUAUACACUCAUACCU